UUUCAGAUUAGACAAUAGUAAGAUCCAACAUGUACAUAUAUAUAUAUAUAUGACAGUUACGAAUUCAGUUAUAUAAACAAAUCUAUGUACUAAGUAGUAUAUAGAGAGAGAGAGUGAAAAAAAGAAAGAGAAAAAGCUAGAGAGAGAGAGAGAGAGAUCAAAAAAUGGGAAGCAUAAUGCAAGAACGAGUCACAGGUGGUGGUGGUGGUGGCAGCAGCCGUAUCUCCGCCGUCAACAUCGACGGAACUCCCCCUUCUAACCACAUUCAUCAUGAUUAUAUCGAUGAUGAUAAUAAGAAACCUGGGUGGAAGAAGUUUCUAGCUCAUGUUGGACCUGGUUUUUUGGUCUCUUUGGCUUAUCUUGAUCCUGGAAAUUUGGAAACUGAUCUUCAAGCUGGUGCUAACCAUGGAUAUGAGUUAUUAUGGAUAAUCCUUAUUGGAUUAAUCUUUGCCCUCAUAAUCCAGUCUCUUGCAGCUAACCUAGGUGUCACUACAGGGAAGCAUCUUUCAGAGUUAUGUAAAGCUGAGUACCCAUUAUUUGUCAAGUAUUGUUUAUGGUUGCUUGCUGAGCUGGCUGUUAUAGCUGCUGAUAUUCCAGAAGUUAUAGGAACAGCAUUUGCAUUGAAUAUUUUGUUCAAUAUUCCAGUUUGGGGAGGAGUUCUUUUGACUGGUUCAAGUACUCUCCUACUCCUUGGUCUCCAACGAUAUGGGGUUCGAAAGCUGGAACUGCUUAUAUCAAUCCUAGUGUUCGUAAUGGCAGCUUGUUUCUUUGGAGAAAUGAGUUAUGUGAAACCUCCGGCGUCCGGCGUCCUUAAAGGCAUGUUUAUUCCUAAGCUCUCCGGCCAAGGAGCCACCGGCGAUGCCAUCGCUCUUUUGGGUGCUCUUAUCAUGCCGCACAAUCUUUUUCUUCACUCAGCUCUUGUUCUCUCUAGAAAAGUACCCAAUUCUGUUCGAGGUGUUAAUGAUGCAUGUAGAUAUUUCUUGAUAGAGAGUGGAUUUGCAUUGUUUGUGGCAUUUUUGAUAAAUGUGGCAGUUAUAUCUGUUUCGGGUACUGUUUGUUCUGCUUCUAACCUCUCAAAUGACAAUUCUGAUCGAUGUAGUGAUCUUACUCUCAACUCUGCCUCUUUUCUUCUCCAGAAUGUGUUGGGAAAAUCAAGCAAAAUUGUGUAUGCUAUUGCUUUAUUGGCCUCAGGCCAAAGCUCAGCAAUUACAGGCACUUAUGCUGGACAAUUCAUCAUGCAGGGUUUCUUGGACUUGAAAAUGAAGAAAUGGUUGAGAAAUUUAUUGACUAGGUGCAUUGCCAUUACUCCAAGUCUCAUCGUCUCCAUUAUUGGUGGCUCAUCUGGAGCUGGUCGACUUAUUAUUAUUGCUUCGAUGAUUCUUUCCUUUGAACUUCCUUUUGCCCUAAUCCCACUUCUUAAAUUCAGUAGUAGUGCCACCAAAAUGGGACCUUACAAGAACUCAAUAAUUAUAAUCGUGGUGUCAUGGAUUCUAGGGUUUGGAAUAAUUGGAAUAAACAUAUAUUACCUAACCACAGCCUUUGUGGGUUGGCUAAUUCAUAGUACUUUACCAAAAGUGGCAAAUGUGUUCAUUGGAAUCUUGGUUUUUCCAUUAAUGGCAAUUUAUAUCAUUGCUGUGAUUUACCUAACUUUAAGAAAAGAUGUUGUUGAGACUUAUAUCCAACCAGUAAAAAAUGAUCCAAUUGCCCAAACCCAAAUGGAAAAUGGUCAAAGCUUUGACCCAAAUACAAUGAUUCACUAUAGAGAGGAUUUGGCUGAUAUCCCUCUACCUCAAUAGAUUUCUCUCAACAAAAAUGAUGAUGAGAACUGUUUUUGUAUUAUUAUUUUUUGUCAAGUCAUAUGUUAAUGUGGAAAAGUGUUUGUAAUAAGGGUAUGUAAUCUAAUGUGGUAUGUAAUAUAAAGGUUAAAGGGCUCAUCUUUAUAUUA